CUCCACUCUCACACAUUUCAGAGCUCUCUCUGAAAAAAAAAAAACACAUUCAGGUCUGUAUUCCAUAGCUUACAAUGAAGAAGAAAAAAUUAAUGUUAAUCGAUGAACACGACGAAGAUCAAGCUGGCGUUUCAAUGAAGAAGAAAGAAAAACUAAAUAUUAACCUAGACGACGAUGAAUUCGACGAAGACGAUGAUGAAUUGAAUCAGUUUGAGAAUGACGGUUUUAUCGUUGAUAAUGAGGAAGAGGAGAGUGACCGAGAUGAUAGUAAAAAAAAGAAGAAAAGGAAAUUAAAAGAUCAUGUUCUUGAUGACGAUGAUCUUGAGUUGCUCGCGGAAAACAAACUCUCUGGGUUACUUAAGGCUAACAGGAGUGAAAAUGAAAAAUUCAAGCGACUCAAGAAAGCUGAAAAAAGCACCAAAAGUUCUGGCUACUCUGGAUUCUUUGAUGAUGAUGUUUUAUUAAGUGAUUUUGGUGCUAAACAAGAGGAAGACAUUUCUUGGGAUGAAGAGGAUGAUAUGGCCGAUUUUAUCGUUGAUGACGAAGUUGAUAAUAAUAUGGCAGCCUCGUCCAGUGUGGUCAUUGAUGUGGAUUGUCUUCUUAGGCAACAAACACAGGGUGAAAAGAGGUCAACCCUAGUAACAGCUUCAUCAGCUGCCAACUCUAGAGAGAUUUUACAUCAUGAUCUAGUUAAUAUUGUAAAACCUGAUGACUUUAAUAAGUUUGACUUGGAUAACCAUUCAAGUUUGAGGGAAGAUUAUAUAAAGGAAAGUGAUGUGCCAGAGAGAAUGCAGAUGUUUGAGGAAAUUGCUGGCCCUGCUCCAGUUGACGAAACUAACAGAGAAGAGGAGAUUUCCUGGAUGCUUGAGCAACUUGCUGGAAAUACAUGUUUGCUAUACUCGACUAAUGGUGCUGAUGUGCUGAAGAAAAUUAACAAGGAAGAUGUUAUGAGAUUUUUGGAAUUACGUCAUCGGGAUAAGUAUGAUAUUCCAUUCAUUGCUAUGUAUCGGAAGGAGAAUUGCCUUAGUUUAUUGCAAGAUCUUGAGGAAAAGUAUGAAGAUGAUUUUGGGAGAAAAUUGAGAUUGAAGUGGCACAAGAUCAUGUGGCUGUUCAAUGCGCUGGAUGAAAAAUGGCUGCUCAUUCAGAAGAGGAAGAGCGCCCUUCAGAUGUAUUACAAAAAACGUUAUGAAGAGGAAUGCCGCAACUUUGAUAAUGUGGAAAAACUUUCUUCAUUUGAGAAGCAUUUUGAUGCAAUAAUGAAGUCUCUUAAGCUAGCUGAAACAGAGAGAGAGAUUGAUGAUUUAGAUGUCAAGUUUAACCUACAUUUCCCUCCACCUGAAGAUAUAAUAACAACAAAAUUUAGACAGCCAAAGAGAAGAUCCGAAUACAGUACCUGCAGUAAGGCUGGCCUAUGGAAGCUUUCAGGGAUGUUUGGUUGUAGUUCUGAGCAAUUUGGACUGCAUCUUUCUCUUGAAAAAGUGGGUAUGGACUUUAGGGAAGAUCCUCCAGAAUCUCCAGAGUUGAUAGCUUUAGAUUUUAUAUGUCCUAUGUUUAAAACUCCAGAAGAAGUACUUAAAGGCGCUCGGCUCAUGGCCGCGCUGGAGAUCAGCUGUGAACCUUCUGUCAGGAAGCAUGUUCGUGAAGUUUUUAUGGAUAAAGGUUUAGUCUCUACAUGCCCAACCCUUGAAGGAGACAAAGUGAUGGACAAUUUUCAUAUGUUUCAUGGGGUUAAGUGGCUAUGUGACAAGCCACUGGAUAAAUUUCAGGAAGCGCAAUGGCUUCUUAUUCAGAAAGCUGAAGAAGAGAAGCUUCUUCAUGUUACCAUAAAAGUACCAGAAAGCAUUGUUGAUAAGUUGAUCACUGACUCCCAAGAAAUUUAUCUUGUGGGCAGCAGUGAUGGGUCUACUCAACUAUGGGAUGAACAGCGUAAGAUGAUAAUACAUGACAUGUUUUCAAAAUUUCUUCUGCCAUCACUUGAGAAGGAAGCUCGGGCUUUGCUAACUGAUAGAGCAAAGAAGUGGCUUCUUUCGGAAUAUGGACAGCAGUUAUGGAACAGAGCAUCAGUUGCACCAUAUCAAAAAGAGGAGAAUGUUUCCAGUCAGGAUGAAAGUACUGCACCAAGGGUCAUGGCUUGCUGCUGGGGUCCUGGAAAGCCACCAAUUACAUUUGCAAUGCUCGGUUCAUCUGGACAGUUGCUAAAUGUGUUGGAAGCUAGAUCACUUGGUCUGCGUUCACAGAAUGUUAUUGACCAGCAAAGGAAGAAACAUGACCAGCAAUGUGUCCUCAAGUUCAUCAUCACUUACAAGCCGAAUGUUAUUGUCCUUGGUGCUGCAAAUAUGCCUUCCAUUUGGUUGAAGGAUGUUAUUGAGGAGGUAUUACUUCAGAUAGAAGAAACUCCUGCUGUCAGCCUGGUGUAUGGGGAUGAAUCUUUUGCUCAACUUUAUGAAAAUUCAAAGGUGUCAUCAUCCCAAUUACCUGGGCAAUCAGGCAUUGUGAGACGGGCUGUAGCUUUGGGGCGCUAUCUCCAAAAUCCAUUGGCUAUGAUUGCAACACUUAGUGGGCCCAGGAAAGAAAUUGUUUCUUGGAAGCUACACCCUCUAGAUUAUUUGUUGACACCUGAUGAAAAGCAUGUGGUGAUUGAUAUGGUAUUGGUGGAUGUUACCAAUCAAGUAGGCCUGGAUGUAAUUUUUGCUACAAGCCAGGACUGGCUCUUUUCUCCUCUUCAGUUUGUGUCUGGGCUUGGUCCCCACAAGGCAGCCUUUCUUCAAAGCAAAUUAGUUGGUGGUCAACCGAUUAAUAACCGACAUGAUUUGGUGGGCUGUGGAUUGAGAACACAGAAGAUUUUCUACAAUGCAGUUGGUUUUUUACGAGUCCAAAGCACUCCGCUGCUUUCUGGUCCCAGUGAAUUCAGCUUUUUGGACAAUACAAGAAUUCACCCCGAGUCAUACAGUCUUGCAGAAAGAUUGGCAACGGCUGUCCUUGAUGACGCUAAUCAAACACAACCCCUUUUCUAUCUUAAGGACAAUCCACAGCUGCUGAAUGACUUCAAUAUUGAUGAUUUUGCUGAGAAAUAUGAAAUAGAGCAUGGGGAAAAUAAGAAGCAGACUCUUCAUGAUAUAAAACAAGAGUUGCUACAUGGAUUUCUUGAUCCUCGAAACCCCUAUGAAAAUCUAACUCAAGAUGCGAUAUUCUUCUUAAUAUCUGGCCAAAAUGAGGAUGCAUUGGCUGUAGGACGAAUCAUCCAGGUUAGAGUUUCCCGAGUUAUGCAGCAACGAGCUUUCUGCGCUCUUGACUCGGGAUUGACAGGGGUGAUAAUGAAGGAGGAUUAUAUGGAUGGAAGUGAUGAUUUUUUGUUGACAGAAAAGCUACAUGAAGGAACUAUUCUUUCUUGCAAGAUAAAAGAUCUAGAUAAGAGUAGAUUCCAAGUGCUUCUAACUUGUAAAGAGAGUGAGCUCAAGAGUUGCAAACGCCAAAAUUUACAGGAGAGUGAUCCUUAUUAUUCUGAAAGCAAGAAGAAUUUGUUAGGUCAGCAGAAUGAAGCUCAAAAGAAUGAGCUUUCAAGGAAACAUUUCAAGCAGAGGAUCAUAGUUCAUCCAUGCUUCCAAAAUUUAACUGGAGACAUGGCAAUGCAGCUCCUUGACGACAAAGAUGUCGGCGAGUUCUUGUUUCAUCCAAGUUCAAGAGGCCCCUUUUAUUUGACCUUAACUCUGAAAAUCUGUGAUGGAUUAUAUGUUCACAAAGACAUCAUUGAAAGCGAGAAGGACCCCAAAGACAUUACAAGCUUGCUCCAGAUUGGGAAAACAUUGAAAAUUGCAGAUUGCACUUUUAAGGAUUUAGAAGAGGUUAUGGAUUUAUAUGUGAAGCCAUUGGUAGGCAACCUCAAAGCAAUGACUAGCUUCCGAAAAUUUAAGAGGGGCUCAAAAGCAGAGGUUGAUGAACUUUUGAGAGCAGAGAAGUCAGAGUUUCCAAUGAGGAUAGGUUACUGUUUUGGCCUUUCUUAUGAGCACCCCGGCACUUUCCUGUUAUCUUACAUUAGAACAAACCUACAUCACGAGUACGUAGGCCUGCAUCCUAAGGGAUUCAAGUUCAGGAAGCAAAUAUUUGCCAAAGUUGAACAACUUGUUGCAUAUUUCCAAAACCAUAUUGAUGAUAUACACCGUGGCUUAGCACCAACAGGCAAUACCGCAGGAAACGACAGUGGUGGUGAUUGGCAAAGCCAUUCAAGAGAUGGAACUGGAUUCGGAGGAAGAACAGAAUACAAUAGAGAUGGAGAUGGAGGCCGUGGGCGAGGCCGUGGGCGUGGCCGUGGUGGUGACCGUGGGCGUGGCCGUGGACGCGGACGUGGUCGUGGGCGUGACAAUGGAGGAUAUAAUGACACUGAGAAAAGUGAAGAUCUUGAUCAUGGUAGUGCUUCAAAAUGGGGCUGGAGUUCUAAUGAUGGGGAUGGAGGCAAAGCAUGGGGAAAUGCUGAUACUGGUUCAAAUGGUGAAAAUUGGGGUGGUUCUAAUGGGUGCCCUAAAAAUGAAAUUGAUGGUGGUAAUUGGGGUGGCUCUAGCAGUGGCGCAGUCAAAGAUACAACUUGGGGAAAUGCUUCUGGUGGUAUUAGUGGGGACACUUCUAAAGGUGGAUGGGGCAGCAAUGACACUGGUACUGCUAAGAAUGAAAGUGAUGGUGGUAAUUGGGGUGGCUCUAGUAGUGCUGCAGUCAAAGAUACAACUUGGGGAAAUGCUUCUGGUGGUAUUGGUGGUGACACUUCUAAAGGUGGAUGGGGCAGCAAUGACACUGGUACUGCUAAGAAUGGAAGUGAUGGUGGUAAUUGGGGUGGCUCUAGUAGUGGUGCAGUCAAAGAUACAACUUGGGGAAAUGCUUCUGGUGGUAUUAGUGGUGACACUUCUAAAGGUGGAUGGGGCAGCAAUGACACUGGUACUGCUAGUGGUCCAUCUUGGGGCAAUCCUUCUGGUGCUACAGCUGGUGAUUGGGACAACAACAAUGGGAAUCGGAGCACAAGUGGUGGAAGUUGGGGUAUGAAAGAGAGAGAAGGGGGAGGUGGCAGCUGGGACAACCAAAGAGAAGGUGGUCGUGGGCGUGGCCGAGGCCGUGGUCGUGGUAGGGGAAGUAGCUUUGGACGUGGAGAUGAUAACACCAAGAAGGAAACUUUCACUGGUGGAUGGAGUAGCAGCAGCAAUGAUAAUGCCACUGGGGGCGGUUGGAGCGGUGGUGGUGGAAGUUGGGGUGUGAAAGAGGGAGAAGGUGGAGAUGGCAGUUGGGACAACCAAAGAGAAGGUGGCCGUGGGCGUGGCCGAGGCCAGGGUCGUGGUAGGGGAAGUAGCUUUGGACGAGGAGAAGACUCCUUCAACAGCGGAGAUGAUAACACCAAGAAGGGAACUUUCACUGGUGGAUGGAAUAGCAGCGGCAAUGAUAAUGCCACUGGGGGCAGUUGGAGUAAUGCUGGUGCUAGUAAUGCUGGUACUUGGAACGACAAAAAUGAAGGUAAAAAUACUAGUGGUGGAUGGGCUAGCAGUGGGAAUGAUAAUACGGGAGGAGGAAACUGGAGUAACCGCAAUGGUGAUGAUACCAAUGAUUGGAGUGGCAGCAACAGGGGUACAAGAGGGAGAGGAAGAGGAAGGAGAGGUGAUUGGAAUGACAGGGGAAGUGGCGAUCAAGAAGGAAGCUAUGACAGUGGGCGUGGACGGGGACGCGGGGGAAGGAGCUGGCGAGGGCGUGGGCGUGGAUUUAAUGACGAAAGGGGUGACAACAAUUCUAGUGGAACUGAUUUUGGCGGCAAUGGUGGAGGUGGAGGCUGGAGUGCUCGCUCUGCUGGCAGCUGGGGCGGAAACAAUGCAGGUGAAAACUCUGGUUGGGGAAAUAAAAAUUCAGCUGGAAGUGGUGAUGGUACGAACACAACUUCUGCUGGGAAUACUGGAGGUGGAGGCUGGAGUGCUGGCUCUGGUGGCAGCUGGGGUGGAAACGAUGCAGGUAAAAACUCUGGCUGGGGAAAGAAAAAUUCAGGUGGGAAUGGUGAUAGUACGAACACAACUUCUGGCGGCAACGGUUGGGGUGGAGGCUGGAGUGCUCGCUCUGGUGGUAGCUGGGGCGGAAACAGUGCAGCUGAAAGUGGAGGUGAAAAGUCUGGCUGGGGAAAGAAGAAUUCAGGCGGGGACGGUGAUGGAAUGAACACGACUUCCGGUGGCGAUGAUGGAGGUGGAGGCUGGAGUGCUGGCUCUAGUGGCAACUGGGGUGGAAACAAAGCAGGCGAAAGUGAUUGGGGUAGCAAUAGCAAAAACGGCGGGAAUGCUGGUGUUGGCAACUGGAACAAAAAUGGGAAUGAUGGGAAGGGUAUCCUUGGUAGUGGUCCUUCAAGUGGGAAUGAUUUGCCGGUAGGGAACAGUAACUCUGGCAGUAAAAGUGGAUGGGGAGCUGAGGGCAGCAAUGGUGGAAAUGGAGGUGGUUCGAAAAAUGAACCAGAGACGGAAAAUACUGGUUGGGGUGGUGGUGCAUCAGGGAAGAGCUCCUCCUUUGGUGGCAGUGGUGGAUGGUCCUGAAUCACUUUUGCUAAAUAUAUGGAAUUUUGGUUGAAGAUAUUGAAUUGUGGAUGGCUGACAAGCAGAAAGUGUAGUAUUAUAUGCAUCUUUUUGUAUCUAUCUGAUCUUUAGUAGGAAAAUUGUAAACACUUUGAUAUUGUUUAUAUAUAUAUAUCAUAUGCUAUUAGUCUAA